UUUUGUUCGUUGUUACGAAGCCGCGAGAUUGUACCCGAGCUUUUCUUGGGCUUCCGCCAUAGCCAUAGAGCCCCCGUACUCAAAGAUCCGGCGAAGAACCCCCAAUUUUCCGACAUUCCCCGUUCGUCUCAAACUCCAAUUUCAUUCUCUCCAAAUUAUAUAUCCCCCCAAAUUCUUUCCAGAAAAUGCAAUCCAAUGACUCCAAAUCCCCAGAAUUCCCUAUCCCUUCGCCUAAUUUCCACGCUCCGACGAAUUUCCCGCCACCAACUCAUCGUCCCACCCCUUCGCCCAAUAUUCCGGUCAACAACCGACCUAGUCAGUCCAUAAUUCUCUUUCCGGUCCCUCAGCCACAAAGGGUUUCUGUCGUCUCUCCCCCUUACCAUUUCCAAGCUCCUUCCAAAAGAAUCCAUUCUCCCGAUGAUAUACGCCAAUUCCACGAUUCCGAUUCCGGAAGAAAUUUUCUUGGUUUCAUAGUUGCUCUUUCCGAAUCAACUCGAGGCCGGAAAAUUUCUGAUCCUUGCUACCAAUCUGAAACCGUUAAUUCAAUCGUCUCUAUUCUUGAUUCUCUGAUUCAAUGGAUCGACGAUAUACCACCGGCGAGUAUGGCGUCUCGAUAUGGAAACCUUUCUUAUCGGAUAUGGCAUGCGCGGAUGGUGGAAAACAGCGAUUCUCUUAUGCUUCGAUUUCUCCCCGAGGAUCUUCAUUCAGCCACCGUGGAAAUUGUGCUCUAUUUCACUGAUAGCUUCGGGAAUUCGAGCCGAAUCGACUAUGGUACUGGGCACGAAACGAAUUUCGCAGCCUGGUUGUAUUGCUUGGCUAAAUUGGGGACAAUCAAAGAGGAGGAUUACCCUGCUGUUGUAGUUAGGGUUUUCGUGAAGUACCUUGAUUUAAUGAGGAAAUUGCAAUUGGUUUAUUGUUUGGAGCCUGCAGGUUCCCAUGGUGUUUGGGGCCUUGAUGAUUACCAUUUCUUGUCGUACGUUUUUGGAUCAUCACAGUUGAUAGACCAUAAGUAUCUGAAACCUAAAUCCAUUCACACUCAGGAUAUACUAGACAAUUUCUCGAACGAGUAUCUUUAUUUCUCGUGUAUUUCGUUUAUAAAGAAGGUGAAGAAGGGUCCAUUUUCAGAGCACUCGCCAUUGCUUGAUGAUAUUAGUGGGGUGCCUAAUUGGAACAAGGUCAAUAGUGGGUUGCUGAAGAUGUAUAAGGUGGAAGUAUUAGAGAAAGUACCCAUUAUGCAGCAUUUUCUCUUUGGAUGGCUCAUCAAAUGUAGACUAGAGAUGGCAGAGGGAAAUGAUCUGAGGCACUGGGAUGAGUUAAUACCGGAUGCUUUGGGACUAAUCUUCAGUAAACUUUCACUCCAAGAGAAACUGACUGUUAUUCCCAGGGUCUGCAAAUCAUGGGCCAAAGCAGUUCUUGGACCUUAUUGCUGGCAAGAGAUUGACAUUGAAGAAUGGAGUAGUCAAAGGCAACUUGACAACGUCGAUCGAAUGCUUCAAAUGCUGAUAAAUCGAAGUGGAGGGUCACUUCGCAAGCUCUGCGUUACUGGUCUUCAUAACAGCAGCAUUUUCUUCUCCAUCGCUGAUCAUGCUGGUUCUCUUCAAACAUUGCGACUACCAAGGAGCAAUAUAAGCGAUGCUGUAGCAGAACAAAUUGCCGGAAGGCUUUGUGCAGUUACUUUUUUGGAUCUAAGCUAUUGUGAUAAAAUCAGUGCCUGUGGUUUAGAGUCCAUAGGAAAGAAUUGCAAAGCUUUAGUUGGAAUGUGUCGUAACUUGCAUCCCCUACAUACAGCAGGUAUAUCCUCCCCGGACGAUGAAGCUUAUACUAUUGCAGCCACAAUGCCAAAACUCAAGCACCUUGAAAUGGCUUAUCACCCUCUAAGCACUAAAAGCUUACUCACAAUUCUUUCAAGCUGCCCCGAUCUCGAGUUCCUCGAUUUGAGAGGCUGUGGGGAUGUAAGGUUGGAUGACAAAUUUCUUGCAGAGAAAUUCCCUAAACUAAGGGUGUUGGGACCUCUCGUUAGGGACGUGUACGAGAGAAACGAAUGGGACGAAGGCUCAGACUACUCAUACAUAUCAGAAGACUUGGCAUGGGACUUUUCUGCAGGUUACUUUGACGAUGCUGGUAGUUUCGACGACCAAUGGGACGAUGAAGGCAGACUGGAAGGACUUGAGUUGAGAUUUUAUGAAGGAGUAGAUGAAGAUAAUGAAGCUUUUGGUUGGCCUCCUUCCCCUUAAACUAUAAUGUUUCUGAGUUUGUGAAAUUGUUUGCUCUUUUUCUUCCUCCUCCUUGGUAUCAACUCGAUGCUUUUAUAACUUAUGUGGACUUGUAAAUUCUCUUACUAGAAAUUGAAGUGUGAGUUUCUUUCUUCUUCUUUC